AUGGAAAUCAAACCAAAGAAGAACAAAGAUCUUUUCAUUCAACAACCAGGAGAAGGAAAAAAUGACGAAAAAGAAUUAUUAACAGCGGAACAGAAAGAUGAAAAUGGCAAAGAUGAAAGAUUAGCAAAAAUGCCUGAAGAAAUCGAGAAAACUCUAGAACGAAUGGAAUUUGUAAAAGAAAAUAAGGAGGCGGAGGCAUUAUUAGAGGAGAAGGAGGGAACAAUAUCUGAAAAUUUACAAAAACUAGAAGUAUCGACUUUAUUAGAAUCAAAUAAUGAUAAGAUUAGUCAUAAUGUUAUUGAUACUGUUAAUUAUGUUAUUGGUGAUAUUAAUCAUAAUACUUUGGAUCAUAGUAAUGAUAAUAAUAUAAAUACCUUUUCAGUAUUUCAAAAUCAAUUUCAAAAUCAAGUUAAUAAAAAAGUUGAUUGUCCUUUGGAUGAAGGAUGGAUUUAUAUUAAAAAUAUUAGCGAGGAUGAAUCAGGUGACGACAUGAUGAGUUAUGAAGGUGAAUAUUCAAUUUACUUUAUAUUCUCUUAUAUUAGUGUGUUAAAUUCAUAA